AUGGCGUCUUCGGACGUCGUCAUCCUUUCCCUAGGCGUGGUCCUCGCGGCCCUCUACCUCUUCCGCGACCAGAUCUUCGCACCCUCCAAGCCCAAGUCUGCUCCGGUCACCUCCUCUAAAUCUAAUGCUGGUGGCGGAAACCCCCGCGACUUUGUCGCCAAGAUGAAGGAUGGCAAAAAACGCAUCGUUAUCUUUUACGGCUCGCAGACUGGCACCGCGGAGGAGUACGCUAUCCGUCUCGCAAAGGAAGCCAAGCAGAAGUUCGGCCUCGCCUCCCUCGUCUGCGAUCCCGAAGAAUACGACUUCGAGAACCUGGACCAGAUACCCGAGGACUGCUGCGCGUUCUUCGUCAUGGCCACCUACGGUGAAGGCGAGCCUACCGAUAACGCUGUCACCCUCUGCCAGAACCUUUCGGACGAGAGCUUCGAGUUCUCCACCGGCGAGCACAAGCUCGAGGGCCUCAAGUACGUCGUCUUUGGUCUCGGCAACAAGACCUACGAGCACUACAACCUCAUCGCCCGCAACGUCGACUCGGAUCUCCAGAAGAUGGGCGCCACUCGUAUCGGUGAGCGCGGCGAGGGCGACGACGACAAGAGCAUGGAAGAGGACUACCUCGAAUGGAAGGACCCUAUGUGGGAGGAUUUCGCGCGUGUCAUGGGUGUCGAAGAGGGACAGGGCGGUGAUACUCCCGACUUCGUCGUCACCGAGGUCGCCGACCACCCCAUGGAGAAAGUUUACCUCGGUGAACUCUCGGCUCGUGCGCUCACCCGCUCGAAGGGCAUUCACGACGCCAAGAACCCUUACCCUUCUCCUAUCACUGUUGCGCGCGAACUCUUCACCGACGCCGCCGACCGCAACUGCAUUCACGUCGAGCUCAACACUGAGAAUUCUGGCAUCACGUACCAGCAUGGUGAUCACGUCGGUGUAUGGCCUUCGAACGCUGAGGCUGAAGUCGACCGCCUUCUCUGCACUCUCGGUCUCCACGAUAAGAAAGACGCUGUAAUUCAGAUUGAGUCGCUAGACCCCGCCCUCGCAAAGGUUCCGUUCCCGGUCCCCACGACUUACGUCACGGUCCUCCGCCACUACAUCGAUAUCAGCGCCGUCGCUGGCCGUCAGAUCCUUGGUGUAUUGUCCAAGUUUGCUCCCACUCCCGAAGCUGAGGCCUUCCUCAAGAACCUCAACACCAACAAGGAGGAGUAUGCCAACAUUGUCACCCACGGUUGCCUCAAGCUUGGUGAAAUCCUUCAGCUCGCGGCUGGCAACGACAUCUCUGUUGCCCCUACCCCCGAGAACACCACGGCCUGGAAGAUCCCCUUCGACAUCAUCGUCUCCUCCAUCACUCGACUCCAGCCCCGGUACUAUUCGAUCUCGUCUAGCCCCAAGCUUCACCCUCACUCCAUCCACGUCACCUGUGUUGUUCUGAAGUACGAGUCUAUCACGAACGAGAAAGUCAAGGCACGCUGGGUCUUCGGAACUGGCUCGAACUUCCUCCUCAACCUCAAGUAUGCCGCAAGUGGCGGUGAGGCACCAUUUGUCGACACCAAGGACGAGCCGGCCCGUGUCGUCACUCCUCAGUACGCUAUCGAGGGUCCUCGCGGUGCUUACAAGCAGGAGACUGUCUACAAGGUCCCUGUCCACGUUCGCCGUUCCACUUUCCGUCUGCCUACGAACCCCAAGAGCCCGGUCAUCAUGAUCGGUCCCGGUACUGGUGUCGCCCCCUUCCGCGGUUUCGUACAGGAGCGUGUGGCGAUGGCCCGGCGCACGAUCGAGAAGAACGGCACGGAAGGUCUCGCUGACUGGGGUGGGAUCCGCCUGUACUUCGGCUGCCGCCACUCGAGUCAGGACUUCCUCUACAAGGACGAGUGGUCCGAUUACGCACAGGAACUACACGGCAAGUUCACUCUCCGCUGCGCGUUCUCGCGCGAGGUGUACAAGCCCGACGGCAGCAAGAUCUACGUGCAGGACCUCCUUUGGGAAGACCGCGAGACGGUUGCGGACGCGAUCAUCACCGGCAAGGGCUACGUCUACAUCUGCGGUGACGCGCGUAGCAUGAGCAAGGCGGUCGAGGAAACGCUGUGCCGCAUCCUCGGCGAGGCGAAGGGUGGCAGCGCGGAGGUCGAGGGCGCGGCGGAGCUCAAACUUCUCAAGGAGCGCAGCCGGUUCCUCACCGACGUCUGGAGUUAA